AUGGUGGAAAAAGAUUUGGAUAUGGGUUUAGUGGAAGAUUUUGGAAAAGAACAAUUUUGUGAAUUGGAUGUGGAACUUAACUGCUCCUUAGAUGGAAAACAAGAUUUGGUAUCUGUUGAAUUUCCUAUUCCAACAGAAAUCCAUGUUUUUCAAGAAAUUGCUUCAGAAGAGGAUAUUCAUGUUUCACAUGAAGAAGUUAAGGAAGAAAUUGUAUGUUCUAAAAGAGAAGAAUGUUUUGUUUUGGAAAAAGUGAGUGAAGAUUGUGUUGAUUUGAAAGAAUUAGAAGAAGAUUUUGAUCUGAAAAAGAUUUUGGAAGAAAAAGUUGAUGAAAAAGAAUGUUUGGAAUUUAAAUUGGAAGUGUUUGAGAAGGAUCCUGAAAAGGAAAUCCUCCCGUCAAGAGAUAAAUUGAAAGUUUUGAAAGAAAAUGAAAAUAUUGUUGAGAAAAGAAAAAUGUUAAGAUCCAAAUUGAGGGAAUCAAGAAUUUUGGCAAAGCUAAAAUGCGAGAUUCUAAGGAAGGAAAUUGUAAGGAAUAAUUUUGGAAAAGAUUUUGAAUGUGGAUUUUUGAAAAGAAAAAUCACGGGACGAUUUUUUCUCGGAGUUCGGGGGUGUUUGAACUCGGAAAAACUGGUCACGUUGAUCGGAGUCUUUAAUUAUUCUGAGAAUUUUUCGAAGGAAAUGAACCAUCAAAUGCAAAAUUCAAAGCCGAUGAAAGUCUUGGAGCCGAUGAAAGCCCUCUUUUAA